AUGGCAAUGGAUCUCUGUCUUCAGAGAAAGUGGAGAAGUUCAUGGAGAACAGACAGAGAGGAUGAGAACACGAAUUUUGGAUGGAUAGAUGUGAGCGAAGAACAGGAAGACCCUGAGAAUCCAGUUGCGGAACAUGAGCGGUCGGAAGACGAGGAGCGGAAAGUGCAAGCGUAUGAAACUGCCUCCGUCAGCACCGAUGACAUUGGAGAUUCUGAAAAAUACUCAACUUUUAGAGGUUUAACAUUUAGAGACGAAGAGCACCAGAUGACAGACUCGUCAGAUGAAUAUGAUGGACAUUGCAGUUUUGAAGAUUGUGACGAUUGCGACAUGAAGCUAUACUCCGAUCCAGCGAACCCACGUGCGAUCUUCGCGGCUCUGGAGAACAUGAUGUUGAAUUUUGUCCUCUACGACUUGACCAUCUGCACUGAGGACGGACAUCAACUCCAGGUGCAUUCUAUUGUCCUGGCUGCGGUCAGCAACCUUAUUCAGAAGAGGCUCAGACAGAAGCCCAAACAAGAACGGAUUAUCACAUUGCGUUUGGGGCCUGAGGUUCAUGGUUCGGGGUUGGCAGCAGUGGUGGCGUUUGCCUAUACGGGGAACAUCAGCAUUCUGAACAAAGCACAUAUGGAGUUGGUCAGGACUGCAGCUGUUAGCCUGGAAGCUCCAAGAGUUCUGGAGCUCUGCACAGAGGAGGAACAAAGAGAACAGGACGAGUCAAGCGGGAAGAAACCUGCUGAGGAACAUAUGAAUGAUAGUCUACAACAUAUUAGACAGCUGUGGACACAGAGAGUGGGAUGUGAUGUGGAGCUUGAAGCUGAGGGAAGAGUGUUUCAUGCUCACCGGGUGCUCCUGGUUGCCAGCAGUGACUACUUCAGAGGCAUGUUUACCAGCGGUAUGAAGGAGAGCAGGCAGAAAUUGGUGUCUCUGCAGUUAGUCAGGGCUGCCAAGUUUGAGGCCCUCCUCCACCACAGUUACAGUGGGGCUCUUGCUCUCGGAUGGGGCUGCGUGUUUGAUCUUACCUGUACAUCUCUUCAAUUACAGUUUCACACUGCCUACUCACUAUGCCUAAACUUCCUGGAAAAAGAAAUAGAUGCUUACAGCUGCCUGGACGUCGUAUCUUUCGCAGAGGCCUAUGGGAUGUCUGACCUUCUUGCACUUGCCAAUAACUUUGUCUUGAAGCACUUUCAAGACGUAUCCAUCACUCCGAAGUUCCACGAUCUUCCUGUGGAUCAAUUUAUGAAAUACCUUCAAAGUGACUCCCUCAACGUUCUCUCUGAGUUGCCUGUGUUCAAAGCAGUCAUGUCUUGGAUCGAAGCCUGUCCCAAUCAACGGGUGAAACUCGCCACGGAGUUGAUGGGGACCAUCCGCUUUCCUCUCAUGACCUUUAAGGAGUUCAAUGAAGUCAUGUCUGUAACAUCUCUGCCUAGAAUUGGUGCCAAACAUGUCUAUAAGUCUUUCUUUCAGGAGUUCUUCUCCAGUUCCUCAGAUGUCCAGUCAAAUAUCAGGGUCUACAUGCCUAAAGACACUAUAGUCAUUGUUGGGGGUGAGAAGAUGACUGAUGAUUGUGACAAACAUACACCCUGCAGGGAAAUGUGGUUCAGCAAUUCUUUGCAGAACCAUGUCGGAUUGGUGAAGAAAGUAGAGUGGAAAAUGCUGGGAACUUUACCCAAGAAACCAAGAUUCAAUCAUGGAGUUGGGGCGAUAAAGGGGAAGCUUUACGUAGUUGGUGGAAGGCAUUAUUAUGGCACAGCUGAUACAAUGAAAUGCACCUACAUGUAUGAUCCCAUCCAAAACUCCUGGCAAAGGUUGGCUGAUAUGCAUGAGAGAAGAGGCAGCUUCACUCUAGUGGUCCUGAAUGAUAAACUAUAUGCUAUUGGUGGAGAGAGAUACUCGGGGGUCAACAUGGAGAGUGUAGAGGUCUACUGCCCCAACACAAAUUCUUGGAGUUUUGUCCGCCCAUUAGACCAAGCUCUAUGCCUUCACGCAGCCAGUGUAUGGAAUGGCUCAAUCUUCCUAUCCGGAGGCUUAAACGGUCAGUACCAUUGCCAGUCGUCCAUGAUCCUUUACCACCCAGAACGAGGAUCCACUUACCUGGCUGAGAUGGGAAAUGACAGAGCACUGCACUGCAUGGAGACACUUGGUGACCAACUGUACGUGUUUGGUGGGGUUUCAAGCGAAACUGAUGGCCAUCUGGUAAAUCAAUUAGGCUGUGAGGUCUAUGACCCUGUGGCCAACUCCUGGAGUGCCAUUAUGCCAUUCCCAGUGCCUCAUGUUGGGUCAGCAUCAGCUGUCUUAGAGGGGAAGGUCUACGUAAUUGGAGGCUACUGCUAUGAUAGCUACAAGGAUGUCAAAUUUGUGCACCGCUAUGAUCCUGCAACAGCACAAUGGGAGAACAUGAGCACGACACCAGGCCAGAACUCAUACACGGCGGCCUGUCGGUGGGACUCCGAAUACUCGGGAUGCGAGAGUCUACAGGUGAGCAGCUCAGAACAGCAUGAGGAGCUGACGUUCUCUGUUUCUUCAAGACACAGGUGGAACCCAGGAUGCUCAGGAUACAAGGGUCUGCAAUCGAGCAGAUCAGAACAGCCUGAUUGGCUGACGUUCGAUCAGAACAGCGUGAAUGGCUGA